UCGAAGAAGAAGCGAGCGGAGCUGCGCGCUUUCUUCCUCUUCUUCUUCCUCGCGAUGGCGUCUAGACCUCCGGAGAAAUCGAUCUACUUGGAGAAUGAGAAAGAAGGUGUUCGUGUUGGCUUCCAUGUCGAAUCGAACACGACGGGAGACGUCUGUUUCGAUGAGGGCAGAUUGUCUUAUUAGCAAGAGAUACUAUCAAGAUUCUAAAAAAGGUCAAGUUGCCUACAUGCUAACAAGACCCAAAGCUGCCUCAGCUAGGAGAUUAGUACAAACCAGUUUUUAUCGGCUGAUGAACUUAAGCCGUAGAAGACCGAAGAUGCACCAGCGCAGGGAGAUCUCUUGGACCCUAGUCAUGAGGCAAAGUCAAAAAUUGCCCUGGUGGAGAUUGCUGAUAGCCGCCUGUAUGCCUCGAUUUCUAUGCAGGUUCUUCAUGGUUUCAAGAUCACAUCAGAAAACCCGAUGGCUGCAUUCUAUGAAAGAACACCCUCUCGCACUUUGACACCACUGGAAAACGUGUUCGAUUCAGAUGCAGAGGGCACCAGACUCCGGUGACUCAAAGGGAUCCACUUUCUCCCGGGAGGUAUGUUCAGCUAAGAAUUUCCACACUGAUUGAUGCUUCCUUUUCAUGCCCAUGCGUUAAACUAAUUUCUCUAUCUUGGAUUCUCUGUGUUUGCUUAAACACACAUCAUUUAUAGGAAUGCUUCCAAAGAAACAAAGUCUUGAAAGCAAAGAGAGAAGCAUAUUGCUUUCCUUCCACUGGGGAAAUAAACAACGAGAGAGAGUGGAAGAACAGGUCCACACGUCGUUGCAGAGUGGGUAUAGGAUCGCAGUCAUGCUCGAUACACGAGACCGGUGGCCAGCCAACCCUGGGUGGUGGAGUAGUAGCUUGUACGUGAAAGUAAGUCUUUAAUCUUCCAUCAUUUGUGGAAGCAGAAGGGGACCCGAUUGGAUCCGCAACAUUCUAGUAGGCAUUAACUGCGGAGUGUGUAGGCUGGUACGAUCGACUCAACCACAAACAGCGGAUUAAGUUCACAAUCUACGGUCCUGGUGUCAUAAUGGAGGUGGGUCCGCUGGUAAAUGAACGUUCCAAAUUUAACCUUCUCGCUGCUCGAAGAAAACUCGGCUUCUUUGGCUCCAAAUGGCGAAUACAUAGCGGAAAGACUCCAGCGAAGAAGAAGAAGAAGAAGGGAGUCUUCGGUCGUCGGCGCUCCUUGUUCUGGACUUCGGACACCAUGCCGACCAUCAGAUACCGGAUAAGGAACGAGUAUGGAUUGGGGGCCUCGGAGCUCUAUGGAGCUGCGGACAAGAAUGACCCGGAAGCACUUCUUGAAGGCGUCGCCGCGGCUGGACUAGUCGGCCUCUUGAGGCAGCUCGGCGAUCUCGCAGAAUUUGCUGCAGAGGUAUUCCACAAUUUGUAUGAAGAAGUGAUAAACACUGCUUCUAGAGGGCAUAAAUUGUUACUUCAAGUCCAACAGCUAGAGACGGAUCUAAAAUCAAUUGGCUUUUCAUCUGAGAGUGCCUCUUCGUGUUUGUCUUACAAGCAAGGUAUUGAUUGGCACUGUAAUCUCCAAAUAGACCAUAAUAUAAUUACUCCCGGAGAUAUGCCUCACUUCAUCAUGGAAACAUACAGAGAAUGUCGUGGUCCGCCACAGUUCUUUAAGCUAGACAAAUAUGAUCUUGCUGGUGCUGGAGCAUGUUUGAAGAGAUAUACUGAUCCAUCUUUUUUUAGAAUUGAGUUGGCCUCCAGACUGGUGGAAGACAAUGCUCAAUCAGAAAAAAGAGCUUGCAAAAUAAAGAAGAAGGUAUCAUACUCCUUUAAUGGUGAAUCACCUGAACCUUUUGUGAUGCCUUGCAUUGAUUCCAGAUUGCAGCCUGCUAUUUGUGACCAAUCUUUUGUUAAAGUACAUUUGGAACAUGUCAAGUUGAAACCAAGACAGCUGAAUGAAUCAGUUAUCCAUAGAUUAAAAAAUUACUUGGAGGAUCAUAUCGAUUUUCAUCGAGUAGUGCAGCAGUUGCUUUCUCAAUCAUCUGUAAACCAAUCUGUCAUGAUGAAAUCUACUGACUCGGGUGAAUCUGUUACUGAGGUGCAUAAAAUGGUAGCUGAUGCAUCUUACGACAUAGAGAAAAACUGGAACCCAUCUACUUCCAAGCAGGAAAUGACAACUGCAAGUGACUUGGAGAAGCAGGAAACAGAAAGGAAGGGCUUAUCAGGCAAAGAGUCUGAACCAGCUAGUGAACUAGGAAUAGAGCAUCCUAUCUAUUCCGUGAUGGAGGAUAAGCGAAAAUUUUCCAAGAGUGGAAAGAGAACUGAACGCCAUUCAUAUGACUCUCAGGAAGUGAACUCAAAUAUUUUACCUGCUCAGGAAUUCAUUCAAAAUGGAUUUUCACCUGAUGCUGAAUGCAGAUCAGAAAACAGUUCUGAUGGCUAUCUUUCUGAUGAGAUUUCUAGUGAGUUGGAUAAUUACAUGGAUGCACUUACUACCGUAGAAUCAAAUAGAGAAACAGAUAUUGAGAAUCUGGGUAAACUGGAUUCAGUUUUAAAUAGCAUUGAAUCUCGAGAAACAGAUUCUGAUACUAAUGAGGAACAGGAAGAGUUGAAAGCUCAAUAUCUUGAACAAUAUUCUAUCGAAAACUCUACUUCGUCGCCAGGUUUCAGCACAAUAUUCAGGAAAGGAUCUGCAAAUCCUUCCUUCUCAGAUACUUUAGGUCACUUAGCUGCACAGUUGCUAGAAGAGAAUAAGAAUGACUCUGGUUUUCCUUUGGAUUCAGAUGUGGGCCUAGGUGAAACUAAUGAAAUCCAUUUUGAUCAGCCGUAUGAUAAGCAGGUAACAUGUGAAUUUUCAGACCAUUUACUUAUAAGCGGAGCAUGUGAUGUCAUGACAUUAGAUAAUCCUACCUCUGCUGUACAUGGAGAAGCAUAUCCUAGUUUGUGUACCACAGACUCAACUCUCACGAUCUCAUUGGUUACUGUGGGUAUGAAUGAGACAACUCCUCUUGAGAAAGUACCUGACCAAGUUGUCAUCCAUUUGGACGGGGAGUUACAGUGCAUAAAAAAGAACUCUGAACUUUCUUCUCAAGAAAGAAGUAACAUGAUACACAGAGAGCUUGCUAAAAACCCUGAUGUUGUGUCUGAUUCUCUACACCAUAUGAUGGACCAAAAUCUCUCAAGGAAAGAUGAUAAUACUAAAGAAAUUGAUUCUGACAAUUCUAUUAAGGAGCAAAGUUCACAUGACAUAGCGAGCACCAAAAAUGGGACUGUGCUUCAUUCACAGAAACAACAUGAAACCACUCUCGAAAGAGGUAUCACAGGUAUUGAAGUUUCACCUGCUUCAUUUAGUAUGAAUGGUGUGAAAUUUCUGGAGUUAGCAAAACAAGAUCAAGGAGCUUGUUUCCUUGUGAAGCCUGUUAUAUUGGAUCCAGAAUCAGGAAAUGUCAUUACAAGUGAUGAUGGUUUAUCAUCUUCAAAAUCAGUACUAAUUCUCAAACAUGUUGAUGCUUUGACUACAGGAAAAACACCUAUUUCUAUCAUGUCACACUUUGAGAAGGAUACUCUGUAUGGCACAGAUAAAUCUCAGCAGAGCUGCACUGGAGAAGAAGCGUUUCCUGAUAACAUGCAUUUCCUGUCUGGUAAGUUAAAGAAUGAUAUGAUGCAGGGAUCAAUGCAUACUGUUGAUCUCAGGGUUGUGCCUCAUAAAUCAACAAUGUCAGACACACAGAAGAAUGUGGAGAACAUUAAAUCAUGUAAUGGUAACACAUCAUGUCAGAAUGAUGUUGCUCAUAUCUACAAUGAGAAUGGUGAUCAAUCAAUUUGUUCUCCAGAUGUUUGUAGCUUCAAUUUAGAGUUGCAGCAACAAGUGGUUGCUGAUGGCGCAUAUCUAGGUGAGAGAACCCAUAAAAUCAUUGAACAAACUUGUUCAGAGGAUGCAACACAGUUGGAUUAUUCGAGUUCUACAUACAUCUGUACCUCUUCAGAUAAACAAGCUUCGUCUUCUCCAUCUUUAAUUCCAGCAGAAACAUUUGGGACUAAAAUUAGUUCCAGUUUAGAACCUCUGCAAAAGUCUUCUCCUGAGAAUUUAAAGGAGAUCAUUCCAGAAAUUGUCCUUGUAAAGACUGCAGAAACAUUUGAAUUUUUUGGAAAAGAAUCGAGCAGGGAUCCUGACAACGUCUCUCUCAUCCAAGAUGAACAGCAGCUUAAGUCUUCUGCUCCUCAUUCUGUUGAAGAUUCAUCUGCCAAACAAAGAAGUACUGGUAUUUACUCAACUGAACUUGCUGACAAGAAGAUCCCUGUGGAUUCAUCAGAAAGUGAAUGCCCUAUUGAUUCAAAAGCAUCUAUAUUGUGUCCCGCCAAGAGUUCAAAUGAUUACAUGGUACUUGCUGAGCCUUCAGGACUAUCUCAAAAUGUGUCCGAAUCACAAGGUGAUGGUGAGCUAAACUUGAUUUUGUUACAACAAAACUGUAAGCAUCUUGAACCUUUUGAAGAAAUCUCAUCAACUGAAAAUGAACUGCUGUAUGUUGCACACAAUCCACGAGAAUCAGUUCCCCAUAUCAAUGACAGUGAUGUUAGUUUUAGCGAACCUAACAUUCCUUCAUCAAAGGAGAUCAUAUCAGGUCGACUUUAUCGUGAAGGAUUUUUUCUAUUUCAAUGCAAUUGUAUAGCUGAUACAAUACCACAACAAGCUUCUGAACAACAGCCAGAAUUAGCUUCUGGUUCACCACUUCUAGAGAAUUGUGCUACAUCAGAAAAUACUGAAGCCAUAUCACAAAUUGCUCAUCUACCACCAAUACCAUGGGGAUUGACGAAGCCUCCACUGAUUUCUCUUGUGUCCAGUAGGAAUGUGGCACAACCACCAAGUGGAUCAAAUCUUGCCAUAUCAUCAAUAUCUGCUGUUCAGAAUGAACCUUCACAAAAGCUUCUAGCUACAGGGAUUGAAAUAGCAGAGUCAGAUUAUGUUGUGCGGUCUCAGAAAUCAUGUAAAGUACCAGCAAGUGUCAAGGAGAGCUAUGAACAUGAUACCUUAGACUCAGAUGGAAAAAUCACGAGGCCAGCUUUAGAGUCACUACUUGAAGAGGACAAGCAGGUAUAUGACCACAAUGCUACUGGAGAAGGUAUCUGGAAGUCAACAGAAGUGCCAUCAACUGGGGAAAAUAAAAGCUCUCAAGAUGUUCCUGUGUUACCAAGUGAUGAAACACAACAUUCAAAAUUGUCGGAGGUAACACCAUGUUUGAAUGAGAAAACUCAAGAUUUAGAUUCAAGUAGAUCUCAGAAUGGGGCUGCAAAUUCAGAUAGAAAGUCCCCCAUCCCAUUUAUAGUAGCUUCAGCUGUUGAGGUGCACAAAUUCAUCCAUGAAGUUACUGGUUCUGCUGUACCCCCAAGGCUUCCACCACUGCCCAUGACAAAAUUUAAGAACCCUAGACAUGGAUUUCUUUCUACAGAAGAAAAAAGUUCAUCCACUGUACAUGAUUCAACCACAGAGACUUCAGAGAACGAGAAACCAACAACAAAAAUUCACCCAGCUAUCCAUAGGCCUAAUGACCCCCUGAUUGAGGCAAUUGUAUCUCAUGAUAGAAGCAAGUUGAGGAAGGCACAUGAGCUAAUUCGUUCUUCAGCCAUGCCAAAAUCUGAUGAAACAGGGUCAUUUCUUGAGCAGAUAAGAAACAAGUCCUUCAGCCUGAAACCAACAGUAGCACCGGCAGUUAGGUUCAAGGGUGGCCCUCCAAGAAACCUAAAGGUUAUCGCCAUUUUGGAGAAAGCAAAUGCAAUCCGUCAGGCAUGUGCUGGAAGUGAUGAAGAUGACGACGAUGACAAUGAUGAAGAUAGCUGGAGUGAUUCAUAAGAAUCACCGAUGAAAAUAUCAAAUGGAUUAACUUUGCUGUUUAUCGAAUAUCGCCUAUUGAGAUACAGUGAAAGAAUGAAUGGAUUUUGCUCAAAGAUGGGAAUCAAGUUCACAUCUGCAAUGUACAUGAUGUGGGAUUUUCUUCUACUUGUAUGAUCUUUUUUGUUAAAAGAAAAUGUAUCUUAUGAUGAGGUCAUUGUUGGUUGUAAAAGUUUGUAAGAGAGAUGUAAUUUGUGUCCCUUCAAAGUUAAAAGAGUUGUUUUUCUCUGUCUUCCCCUAAAAUUAAGUGUAGCAUAAAUAAUUAGUCAUUUUUGUAUUUCUUCCUCUAAAAUUAAGUUUCACAUUUAUAUA